GGGCGACCCCGCGGAACUGUGUUCGGAUGGUGGAAGCAAGCCGACAGGCUUUUCGCUUUCCGCGGAAACUCGCGUUCGCCAACUCUGAAGGGGCAGGGACGCAAGGAAAUAUUUCCUAGCGUCCCAGCCCUUGUUACAUUUAUGAAGGACACGCGCAGAGACGAAAAGGUCGAAGCCAAGCUUCCGACAGUGGAGCUGCUCGAGAAACGCGUUGAGUUCUCCAUUGAACUUUGGAACAAGUACUCGACGUGGUGCCCUACGACACUCUUUAACGUGGAUGAGACGGCUAUCAAUUUUGAUGUGCCGCCGACACGGUUUUGGGCUGUCAAAGGCCGCAGGGACCCUGCCCGAAUUACCAAGAUGACGAAGCACACUGGUCGAAUGACAGCAGUUCUUACUGUUCGCGGUGAUAGCCAUAAGCUGCCAAUUCUCUUCAUCAUUCGGGGUAAGCUCGGCGGCGACAUCGACAGCGACGAGCUGCCACACUAUCCACCCGGUCACUACUACACUGUC